AUGGCUCCUCUCAAACUUCUUCUCGUGCUGUGGCUUGGUCUCGCUACGAGCUCGGAGCUGCAUCGUCAGAAGAGAAUCAUUGGAGGUAGGACCUGUCAAGGAACCGAGCGUCACUACCAUGUGAAACUGGAGGCAAGAGGUGGAGGACGUACAUCCCGCUGCGGAGGCUCUCUGAUCAGUCCCCAGUGGAUUCUCACUGCAGCUCACUGCUGGAAACCCGGAUGGACCAUGUCUGCAACUGUAGGAGUUCAUCCGGUUCCAGUAGAGAGGCCUCAAGUCAUCACUGAACAUCACAUCUUUCAGGACCAACAUCGGAGGAGUGAUGACAUCAUGCUGCUGAAGCUGCCGAAUCCAUCCAGGAUUACACCUGUGCCUCUUCCUGACUGUCAAAAUCGGCUCCGCAUAGGAGAUUGCGUUCGGGCGGCAGGAUAUGGUCCUGAUCGGAUGGGCCCAUACAAUGAGAGAACACCUGGUAGGUCCAGCACUCUUCAAUGUGCCAACUUUGACAUUGUGGACUGCAGAAAGCUUCGGAACAUUGUGACCAUUGAUGCCCAGAACCCUCUGAAUGUUGAAGACCAAGCCAGACUGUAUCAGUCCUGGUUCUGCAUUCAAAGCCCUGGAAGGGACAUAUGUCGAGGAGACUCUGGUGGAGGUGUGGAGUACGCCCACAAGAUUUAUGGAGUCAUUUCUUUCGUCGGUGAUCCUUCGUUCGCCUGCACUGAAGCAGCUGGUGUUAUGGACUGCAGAUGA